AUGGGCGGCAUGGGUAAAACAACACUUGCCAAAAAGAUCUUCAACCAACUAGUUCCUCGCUUUGGGAAAAGCUGCAGUUUUCUUGAUGACGUAAAGGAAAAAACAAAAACCAAGGGCCUAGUCGAGCUGCAAAAACAAUUAUUGUAUGAUAUCUCUUAUUCUAAACUGCAUCGCAAUAUUGUUAAUAGUGAUGAUGGGAUCAAUGUGAUUGAAGAAACAAUUUGCAACAAGAAGGUACUAAUUGUUUUGGAUGAUGUUGAUGAUAGUGACCAAAUCCGAAAACUAAUUGGAACGAAUUAUUUGUAUCCUGGUACUAGGGUACUUGUUACCACUAGGGACAGCGGGAUUCUGAAUAACAGGGGACUUAAGUAUGAAUUCAAGCAUUGUGAACUACAUGGGUUGAGUGACAAACAUGCACUCCAGCUUUUUAGUAGGCAUGCCUUUGCUAAUGACUCUCCACUAGAUGAUUACCACACUCUUUCAAAAAGCAUUGUCUCUACUACGGGUGGACUACCUUUAGCUCUUCAAGCAAUAGGCUCAUCACUUUUUGGUCUGAAAGAGAUAGAAAUAUGGGAAGGGAUGCUAGAGAAGCUAAGGAAAACACCUCAUGACGAUGUCUUGGGAAAGCUGAGGAUUACAUAUGAUACUUUGGAAUCAGGCCAUCAACAAAUAUUUCUUGACGUUGCAUGUUUUUUCAUUGGUCGGAAUAAGACCGAACCAAUCUUUGUGUGGAAAGAUUGUGGAUUUAUUCCAGAGUAUGCCAUUGUUGUCCUUACUAAGAGGAGCAUGAUAAAGAUUUUAGACAACAAUAUAUUUUGGAUGCAUGAUCAGUUUAGAGAUCUGGGAAGAGCAAUUGCUAAGGUAGAGCAUACCAGAUUUUGGGAUAGAGACGACAUCACUUUUGAAUUAAGAUUGGGAGAGAACAAGCGAAGCGUUCGAGCACUCUGUUUGCAAGCGGAGGUCGGCAAUCCUAUAACUAUCACUGCGGAGCAAAUUGAACGGUUCCCGAAUCUACAGUUUCUUUGGUUGAGUAAUGUAAUCUGCCAAGGCGACUUCACGGGCUGUCUUUCCAAGUUGAAAUGGAUCGGUGUGCGUUACUCGCAUAAAUUUUAUUCUGGUUUGGAACCCAAACAUCUUCAAGGUUUUAAGGCAACCAAUUUGCCUACAGAAAACUUGGUUGUGCUGAAGCUUUCGGGCCUUGAGUUCACAGAAGAGAAGGUCAGCAGCCUAAUCGAGUCCGCAGUGACGACGGCUAAAGUUCGAGGAGUGGAGUUUUUGAAUGUGUGGGCUGUUAGCGACUUUGAGAGGGCUUGGGGUGGUACGAAGCUAGUGAGGAAUAUGGUCGAUAAGCCUUUAUGCUCGUGGGGAAAGUGA